AUGUCUUCCAACACCCUAGUUGCAGCAGAAAAAGUCUACAUUGAUCAGGAUGCAACCUUUGAUUCAUUCAAUUUAGACCCACGACUUCUCCAAGCCAUAAACCACUUGGGAUUUGAAAACCCAACUUUGGUUCAAUCAAAAGUCAUUUCAAUGGCACUUAAUGAGAAAAAGGAUGUCAUUGCAAAGGCAACAACUGGUUCUGGGAAAACUGCUGCCUAUGUGAUACCCAUUAUUCAAUCCAUAUUGGAACAGCAAUCACAGCUUACUGAUGCAAAGUCCAACAGCAGUAAUCAUCAAGUCAAAGCUAUAAUUCUAGUUCCCACAAAAGAAUUAUCCAAUCAAGUUUAUGAUUUAUUGAAUAAAAUUCUAAUAUUUUGCUCAAAUCAAAUCAAGUUUUUGAAUUUAUCUGAUUCAAGUUUAGUCAAUGACACAUUACUCUCCAACUUGUUAUUGGAUCAGCCCGAAAUUAUCAUUUCAACUCCAACUAGAUUAUUGAAUUUAAUAAACAAUGGUGCUGGUAACGAAAAAAAUGUGGAUAAUAAUAGUUUAACUGACCUUAUAUUUAAAAAUCUCUCUUUUUUAGCAAUUGACGAAGUAGAUUUAAUGUUUUCUUAUGGUUAUAAAGACGAUUUAAAUAAUUUGGAAGAGCUAAUCCGUUCAAAUCGAUUUUCAAAUUCAAAUUCAGUUCAAUCCUUUUUAAUGACUGCAACACUUAAUGAUGAUUUAGAAUUGAUAAAAUCCUGGUUUACAAAUAACCCAGUCACUUUGAAGCUAAACGAUUCCAAUGUCUUAAAUUCCAAUAAGCUAUUCCAAUAUUAUAUCAAAUCAAAUGAAUUUAACAAAUUUUUAAUAAUUUAUAUAAUAUUAAAAUUGAAUCUAGUUAAAGGUAAAAUUCUUAUAUUUGUCAAUAAUAUUGAUAGAUCUUAUAGAUUGAAAUUAUUUUUGGAACAGUUUUCUAUCAGCUCUUCAAUUUUAAACAGUGAAUUACCUAUAAAUUCAAGAUUGAGUAUAAUUAACCAAUUCAAUAAAAACAUCAUUCAUUUGUUAAUUGCUACUGAUGAAUCAAACUAUAUUCAAAAUUCCACCAAAAAUAAUACUCAAAAUGAUAACGAAAAUAAUAAACAAGAUGACAAUACCUCUGAAAAAGAACCCUCAUCUAAUAAACAAAAUAAACAAAAUAAAAAAAUUAAAAAAACAGACAGCGAGUAUAGUGUUUCAAGAGGUGUAGACUUCCAUAACGUUGCCUGUGUUUUAAAUUUUGAUCUACCAACAACAUCAACUGCAUAUAUACAUCGUAUUGGAAGAACUGCUAGAGGAGAUAAAUCUGGUAUGGCAUUGUCGUUUGUUGUAGACAGCAAAGAGCAUGGCAAACACAAGCAAUCUUCACUAGCCUCAGCUAAAUAUGAUGAAAAAGUUUUAGAAAGAAUCAUUGCCAAACAAAAAAAGUACGGUUUGGAAGUUAAUCCUUAUAAUUUCAAUAUGGAACAUUUAGAAAAUUUCAGAUAUAGAUGUGAAGAUGCCUUUAGAGCUGUGACAAACGUUGCUAUUAGAGAGGCAAGAGUUAAAGAAAUCAAAUUGGAAAUUCUAAAUAAUGCAAAGUUAAAAAGACAUUUCAAUGAAAAUCCAAACGAUUUGGAUAUUUUGAAACACGAUAAAGAAUUGCAUCCUUCAAGAGUGCAACCUCAUUUAAAAAGAGUUCCAAACUAUUUAUUGCCUGCUAAUCUCCGAAAAGAUGAGAAAUUGAGCUUAAAAUCUUUUGUUCCUCAUAAACAUAAUAAGAAGAAGCUUAAAUUCAAAAACUCAAAAGUUGUGAAAAACAGUAAAAAACUUUUCAACAAGAAUAAAAAAGUAGAUCCUUUGAAAUCUUUGAAAUUUUGA